CAUGUUUACAACCAAGCGGUAGGAUCGAUGAUCGUUUAGGCCGAGUCCCCAACAACGAGCUCGUCUCGAAACGGAGCGGGAGAUUUAAUUUUCCCUCUGCUUUUACCUACGCACAGAAAUAAAAUGUGAAAGAAUAGAAGGCUUAUCUUCCCGAAAUACGGAGACUGCGCUAGAACGUGGGAUGCUGGAUGAUCAAUACCAACCGCUGUGUCAGAUUCUGGACCACAGAAUACAGUGGAGAGAGACAGAAGCGAGCAUCAUGAAAACAGUGACGCAUACUUGCAUACCAGGAGCUACCGAUCUACCUGGAGAGGAUUCAAUCGAGGAUAUCGCUGAAUCAGUAGACGAGCUGCGCGAAAAAUUGGCGAAUAUGAAAAAAUUGAUGGAAGAACGAAAAGGCACAACCUUGGGCGAGAUAAGCGCCAAGAAGAGAAAAGAGACUUUAGAUAUCAUAGAUGGGAAUUUUCUGUCUUGGAUAUUCGGCUCGGCAUUAAUCGUCAUCCUGAGCGUCAGUUUCUACGCCUUCUAUAAUCUCUAUCAUGCGGUUUUGAAGAAAUUCCCAUCUCAUCACACGGAACUUUAAAGGAUAGAGAAUGUUGGCGAAUCCUUACGAUCAGUUUUGAUGAAACUUACGAUACAAGUAACAAAACGUACGUACGACUUUUUCAAUCGUCUUGAAUGUACUCUUCCAUAUCAACGACUGAUAAGCGAGAGAUUAUCCAUGGAAUAAGUCUAGAACAUGUUCCGUCACUCUUAAAGAGAAUUACUAGCGAUUUCACUUGAUCUCGUUGAAAAUUUCAGCAAAAUCUUGUGAAGAUUCUGAAGUAAAGUGAUUUAUUGAGAAGAUACUAGAAAAUCGAAUAGCAGCAAAAAUGUUCCUUUCGCAUAAGUUCGAGGACUUUUAACAAAAAUUUUAUAGAAUUCUUUCCGAUCGAAAAAUGCUUCUUCUUAGUUAAACCGGUUUCUGCAUGCAUCUUACGAAUAGACAUAAAGUUUGCCAUCUGAUGGCAGUUUCACGUAAAAAUCCAUUUAUUGAAGAACUGCUACGUUACGCAUUGGAAAAAAACCAAGUGCCUUAAAACAACAUUCCACGAUAUACAUUCCUGUACGUUCGCAUGUACAGAAUAGGCACAACUUGAUGGUUAUACAGGCACUUAUAACGAAUUACCCGAAUAAUUAUUUUGAUUUUGGAUGCAGAAGAAAGUGGUUCGGAUAAGAGUUUCGAUCGAGAAAUCACAGUUAUUAUUUCAAGUUGAUCGUAAAAAAUGAGGCUUUAAAGUGGCUCGUUUUGAACGCCUCUCUUAUAGCGCUUCACAAAAUACUCUCUUAUACUUUUGAUACUUGUCUUUUACCGAACACAGGUGAUUUGUUCUAUAGUAUUAUCGUUUAAUAUAUUCAGUUAUAUCUUCCUAGCAUUUUACUUCGGUAUGAGAAAUAAGAGUAUUGAUUAGAGAGUAUCACCGAUGUCGCAAGUGAUAUUCAGUUAAUUGAUAGUACAGAUGCAACGAA